AUGCAUUGGUCAGAUUCCUGGGUGGAUCCACCAGGGCUACACGUUGGGAUCAACAACAACACCCUCUCCUCUGUUGUUCAUACCAGUUGGGAUCCUAUCGGCAACAGUGGGAAGCCGGCUCAUGCUCGGAUAGCUUACAAUGCUACCACCAAGAACCUCAGUGUGUUUUGGACAUAUGAAGAAAACCCUGAUAAUACUAAUCUCAGCAAUUCUUCACUUUAUUACCUUAUUGACUUAAGAAAGGUUCUUCCCGAGUUGGUUACAAUUGGAUUUUCAGCUUCUACUGGAUUAGGCCUCGAGCGCCAUGCCAUAACUUCAUGGGAGUUCAGUUCAAAUUGGGAUUCAAAUGAGAUCACAGGUAGCAGAAACAAGGAAACAAAAAAGAACAAGACAUUUUUUAUUGCAGCGGUUGCAGUUUCUGGUUUCAUUUUGAUACUUUGUGUGGCCAUAUAUUCUUGGUUGGUGGUAAAGAAGCGUAGUGAUGGGCAUGGAAAUUACUCCAGUGAUGUUGCCAGCUCUACAAUUAAUACAGAUCUUGAGAUACUAGCCCUGCCAAGGAGAUUUUCUUACAAUGAAUUAGUUGCAGCCACCAAUGGCUUUGCUAAAGAUAGAAGGCUAGGCCAUGGAGGUUCAGGACAAGUUUAUAAAGGAAUUAUACAAGAUCCAGGCUGCACAGUUGCCGUUAAGAGAAUCGUUGCAGAAUCUGAGCACUAUGAGAAAAUCUUCAUCAAUGAAGUUAAAAUAAUAAGCCGCUUGAUACACAGGAACCUGGUGCAAUUCAUUGGAUGGUGUCAUGAGCAAGGCGAAUGCUUACUUGUUUAUGCAUACAUGCCUAACAGCAGCCUUGACACACAUCUAUUUGGCCCUAAAACAACCUUGCAAUGGGAUUUCAGGUACAAGAUAGCUUUAGAUUUGGCUUCAGCCCUUCAUUACCUACACGAAGAUGCAGAGCAGUGUGUCCUUCAUAGGGAUAUCAAAUCAGCUAAUAUACUGUUGGACAACGAUUUCAAGACUAAGCUUGGUGAUUUUGGGAUUGCUAAGCUCGUAGAUCCGCGGUUCAGGACUCAGACAACAGGAGUGGUAGGAACUUUUGGUUACAUGGCACCGGAAUAUGCAAAUAGAGGGAGGGCUAGUAAAGAGUCAGACAUGUAUAGUUUUGGAGUUGUGGCCUUGGAACUUGCAUGUGGAAGGAGGACUUAUCAGGAUGAAGAAUAUCACGUGCCACUUUUCAGGUGGGUUUGGCAGUUGUACCUUGCCGGAAAUCUGCUCUCUGCAGCUGAUGAGAGAUUGGAUAUGAAUUAUGUUCCAAACGAAAUGGAAUGCUUGUUAAUUGUGGGAUUGUGGUGUACUCAUCCCAACAACAAGAAAAGACCAAAAGCAGGGCAGGUGAUGAGGGUUCUUCAGCUUGAAGCACCGUUGCCUGAACUACCACAAGACAUGCAUGAUUAUACUCUGCCUCAACCUCAAAGACAAGUUGAUUCCUCUCAGCUACCAUUAACUUCUAGCUUCGAAACUGCGGGUGGUUAAUGUAGUACAGCAACAGCCACCAAACACUUUCAAGGGCAAAUAGAUGAAGUUGAUCUUCAUUUCAGUGUUGAUUCUUCUUAUUAGGGGUAACUUUGAUAUAAAUGUAAAUAUGUGUGUGCUUAAGGGUGUUAUCUGGAUUUGAUGGACAUCAA